AUGAAAAGAAUGAGAAAGGUGGGGCUCGACCAAUGGCCGUAUGGAGCAGAGACUAAAAAGCCGACUGGUAUUCUUACAGAUGCAGCUUGGAUGGCGGACGCCUGUGCCAGGUGCGUGGACGCUCGGCCCCACCAACAUAUGCCAGGAGGGCUGGCUGGAAAGACCCUGGACUAUUUCGUCGAUCCUCCCAGGGAAGUGUGGAAAACUGCUUUGGCAGCCGAGUACCCCACUGGACUCUGCUGGGCAUGGGCGCAGUCACUUGUCCGCUUCUUGAAGACGGAGGAAGGACUGGUGACGUUGCAAAAGAAAGCCAUCAAAGUGGAAGGGAACGCACUCAGAGCGGUGCGGCCAGAGGUACAGUCAAAGCAGCCAGCAAGCAAUCGAGAAAGGAGAGAGAUGGAAAACAACCAGGCAGUAGGGGGGCUGAGGAACCUCUAUGGCGCCAUCGUCCGCACUUACAGGAAAUUGCCGGAUGGCGAUGUGCCGGAGAAGAUCAAGAAGCCGCAUGCCUUUAGAUCAGUGAUUGCAGGAUGGAAGCGUGCCAUGAAAGAGUUCAUGAACGGAGAUCCGAAACUGAAUGACUUGGUCCACCUGUUCACCCAGAAGUUCGUUCAGAUGGGUCAGAGCAGAAACUUCACUUUGAGCACUUUGCUGGACUUGUCCUGGACUGUGCUCAUCCUCACAUGGGAGGCGGUGAUCAACGAUCGUUUACCCAUGAUGGAUGAGGUGGAGCGCGGCUUCAAAGAGAAGUACGAGGAUCUGCAGAAGACCUUGAUGGAAUCCCGCAGGCAGUACCUGGCGGAGCUGUCGGAGCAUCGCGAUCGCAUGCGGAGCGAAACCCUCAGUCCACCACUGCAGGCUGCCCUUGCUGAAAUCAGUGAAGAAGAUGCAGACCAUCAUGUGUACCGCAACUUUGGCAUGGUCUUGCGGUUUGGUGCAGAGAUUUUUGUUCUUUGGGACCGGGCUUUCAACCCGAGAUGGCACUGGAUCCUCUCACCCAGGAAUAUUUCAAGGUCCCUGCGCCUGGAUACGAAGCAGAUCCAAGUGGAAUGGGAGCUCCAGGGCAGACCCAAAGCGGUAGACACUGUGACCAUUCUUCAUGUGAGUGACACCCAUAGUUUGCAUUACUCUCUGGGUGAUCUCCCCUCGGCCGACAUCUUCAUCCACUCGGGUGAUGUCUCCACCGUUGGGAGUGAUGGUGAAGUGGGAGAUUUCAACAACUGGCUGGGAUCCCUGAAGGGAAAGUACCGCGAGAUGUUGGUGAUUUCUGGAAACCACGACUACUGGGAGACUAACUGGCGCUUGAACCGUGGUGCCCUUUCAGAUGCCACGGCGCAAAGCCCCAACUACUUCCAGGAGAAGAUUACAAACGCCAAGGUGUUGAACCAUGACCUGGUUGAAGUGAUGGGUCUCAAGAUCUGGGGCGCUGGCUGGGCCCCUCGCCGUGGGGAUUCCUUCUCGGGCAACAACUAUGAUGAUGUGCCUGUAGGCGUGGACAUCCUGGUGACCCACGACGGUCCGGUGGGCAUCUUCGACUCCACCGCAGGCGGUAGCUGGGGCUCCAGUCAGCAACUUCGCAGCGCCAUCUACCGAAGCAAGGCAAAGGUUCAUCUCUUUGGACACAUCCACGAGCAGCGUGGUCACUGGCAGAAGGGAGGCGGCAGUUUCCAGGGUGGCGUGGAAUAUCGUCCGAACCCCGGCAGCAACCAGGUCUUUCGCCCCAACGGCCCACCCCCGGCAGACUAUCCCGUGCAAGUGGAGUCCAACAACGCCAUGGCCAACCAACCCGCCGUGGAUCAUAGCUGGACCGGCGUCUGGGCACCUCAGCACAUUGUGGGACGACCCCGGUUGAUCACCGCCAAAAGGGACGGUGAAUCCUGGAGCUUCACCUCAAAGGUGUUGUGA